GGUCAAACACGCAGCCAAUCUCCGAAGCACGGAUACUUUUGGGGGAAACAUUAUAAAGAAGCCGCCAAGGCUCUGUCUACUCUUCACUUCAUCUCUAGUCCAUUCAUUCAGCCCUACAGUUUCAGUUUCACAUUACAUUCCUUUCACCAUGAAGUUCUUCACUGCUUUCUCUGCCCUUUUGGCUGUCGCUUCAGCUACGCCUACUACUCCUUCCAAGACCCUUGAUAAACGAGCUACCACCUGGUGUGAUGCUUUCGGGUCCCUUCAAACCGAAGGAUACACCGUUUACCACAACAACUGGGGUAGCGGCCAGGCUACUUCCGGUUCUCAGUGCACUACCUUCAACUCUGUCAAGAGCAAGUCCUUCUCAUGGUCUACUAAGUGGAGCUGGGCCGGUGGAAACAUCCACGUCAAGAGCUACUCCAACGUCGCUCUCGAGAACAUCAACAAGAAGGUCUCAGCCAUCAAGUCCAUCCCCACAAAGUGGACAUGGCGCUACACCGGAACCAACAUGGUUUCCGAUGUAUCCUACGAUCUGUGGCUUGCUCCCUCCGUCGGUGCUGCUAACAAGUACGAGAUUAUGAUCUGGGUUGGAAGCUAUGGUGGUGCUGGCCCUAUCUCCGACUCUGGAUCUACUCCCCUUGCGACGCUCACCAUCAACGGCGCUCAGUGGAAGCUCUUCCGUGGACCUAAUGGCGAUACUACUGUUUACUCUUUCGUUGCUACCAAGAACCAGGGCAACUUCGAGGGCGAUCUUCUUCCUUUCCUUACGUACCUUACCAAGAGCCAGGGUGUUCCUAGCAGCUAUGUUGCCACUAGCUUCCAGGCCGGUACUGAGCCUUUCGUCGGUUCCAACUGUGUCUUCGCUACCUCUGCCUACAGCCUCUCUGUCAACUAAACUGCCUGCAGUGCAGAUUAGCCGGCUAGUCUUUUCUUGUACCAUAGAUAUUCCCAUUGUAUAUAACCUGAAAUCUGUCUGUCAUAAUUCAAUAUCUCUGAGAGAAA